GCUUCCGGAAAAAGUAUUUCCGGUGUAAAGAGAACAGAAAGCGAUAUAAAGUUACAUUUGUUUGAUUAUUUUGCCACUUUAAAUAUAAUCAAGCAGAAUGGGGAAGGAGAAAGGAGGUUUUUUAACUCCCAAAGCAAUAGCCAAUCGUAUCAAAGCCAAAGGACUUCAGAAACUGCGAUGGUAUUGCCAGAUGUGUCAGAAACAGUGCCGUGAUGAGAAUGGCUUUAAGUGCCACAUGAUGUCCGAGUCCCAUCAGAGACAGCUGCUGUUGUUUGCUGAGAACCCAGACAAAUACCUUGAUACAUUUUCAAAAGAUUUUCAGGAUGGGUACUUGGAAUUAUUGCGGCGGAGAUUUGGAACCAAGCGAGUCCAUGCUAAUAUAGUGUACCAGGAAUACAUCGCAGAUCGGGAACAUGUCCAUAUGAACUCCACGAUGUGGGAAACCCUCACCGAGUUUGUCAAGUGGUUGGGGAAAGAAGGUGAGUGUGUGGUGGACUACACAGAGAAGGGCUGGUUUGUCCAGUACAUUGACCGAGACCCUGAGACCAUCAAGCGGCAGGAAUCAGUCAAGGCAAAGGAAAAGAUGGACAUGGACGAUGAGGAAAGAACGGCCAGAUUUAUCCAGCAACAGAUUUCAAGAGCAUCUCAGUCGGAGACCAAGUCCCACAAUCCUGAGUUCACGGAACUGAAACGAGAGGACGAAGAAGAAAAGGUUACUUUCUGUCUCGACUCCGGAGCUAAGAAGAAAGAAGAGGCAAUGUUCAAGAAGCCCCAGGAUAACCCUCUGAAGAAAGUGGACAGCAAGUCAGUGUUUGAGAAGGGGGAGAGUUCUCGGCGGGAGGGGAAGAUUGACACGGGGGCAGAGAUGAGGGGACAGAAGCGGAAAAGUGCACUGGGUGAAAUCAUGGAGUUCGAGGAGAAGAAGAAGGAGAAGGUCAACCGGAAGGACUACUGGCUCCAGAAGGGUAUUGUUGUCAAAAUUGUGUCCAAGAAACUGGGGGACAAGUUCUACAAGAAGAAGGCUUAUGUAAAAGAAGUAAAGGACUUGUACACAGGGAUCGUCAAGACACUGGAUUCAGGUGACACCAUCAAGGUGGACCAGACCCAUGUUGAAACAGUCAUACCUGCUAUAGGCAAAGAAGUGAUGGUUGUGAAUGGAGCAUACCGAGGAGAGAGGGCGGUACUGGAAGACAUUGAUACCAAGAAAUUCUGUUGCACCAUCAAAAUAAACUCAGGCUUGAUAACAGGUCGUGUUGUUGAAGGCGUACAGUAUGAAGACAUAAGCAAGUUACACACGUGACCAUAGGCUCAUCCGUUGCUUUGUAGCUGGGAAAGAAGGAAUCCCAAAGAUCAGUGUCUUGGUUUGGAUGUUCAGAAAUUGCUGAUCUAGAGGUCAAGGUCGACAGUUUCUGAGUGACAGCUUGAUUCACAGUGGCAGGGAUCUUGAACAUCUCUGAUCUGAUCCCUCCGUGCACUGUCCAAAGGGAGACUAAUCUUAGUGCCAUAGGCUGUUGGGUAUCUGUAUCCAGCAAACUUUGGAUAACAUUGCUGACAUACUUAUCAGCCCUUUGACACAUUCAAAGAAAAAUACCAGAACAACAUACCUGUGCUGGCACAAGAGUAUCUGGAAUUCUGACAGGACAAGCGGGAUUCAGGAUAUUCAACAGUUUUAUCUCUAUCUUCCUCUCUCAACAUUUCCUUGUAAUUGUAUUGAAAUGUUGGAAGAGGAGUAAAAUCAUUUUACAUCUACUAAAACAUAAGUCAUCAUCAUGGCUAAGUGUUGAUGACUUUAACAUGUUGAACGAGGCAUGUGAGUAUUUCCUGGAGGAAAAGAAGAUUGUGAUUGAAAGAUAAACUGUACAGCAGUUUACUGGACAAUUGUGUAUAAAAAGUUGCUAC